UCAGACCGUUGUCAGAUUGUCCGUUCGUAAAUUCAGCGCGUUUCGCUCUCGGAGCGUUCAGAGCGCACACUAUGCUCUGGCGGAGGAGUAGCUAGGGUUGAUCAGAGCAUUCUGACCUCACAACGGCAGUCAAGCAUCCAAGCUAACUGGCUAAAGUUGUCUAGCUUGCUAGCUACUUCCAGAGACAAAUGAGAGAACACCUCACUCUAACCAUUUUACUCGCCAUAGCAGAGCAGGUUAGGCUUUUUUCAUGUUAUCUAGAGCGUUUGUGACUAACUGUGCUGCUGGCAACAAUUUCAUUGUUUUUUUGCCAACGUCUACUGACACCGGUCAUAUUCAAUGGGUGUUGCGCGUUCGUAAAUUGAUCAGUAAUUCGGCGCUCUGGCACACUCAAACGCGAGUGCUCUGAAAUUGGAGUAGAUCGCCAGAGUGAAUUUACGAACGCACCCGAGCGUGCUCUGAAAUCUGAGUAGAUUGCCACAGUGAAUAUACAAACGCACCCCUACUCCGAUUUCAGCGCACUCUAGUCUGAGUGUACCAGAGCGCAGAAUAACUAGCUAAUGAAUGUAUGAACGCACAACACCUGUUGAAUAUUACAGGUAUCAGGAAACGUCGGCAAAAAAACGUUAUUAAAUUGUUGCCAGCAGCAUAGUUACAGUAACCAACUCUCUAGAUAACCUGAAAACAGCCUAACCUGCUCUGCUAGGGCGAGUGAAACGGUCAGAGUGAGUAGCUAGCAAGCUAGCCAACUAUAGCCAGUUAGCUGGGUGCUUGACUGACGUUGUGAGGUCAGAACGCUCGGAUCAACCACACUCCUCGGCCAGAGAGUCCUGUGUGCACUCUGAAUGAAUUUACGAAUGGACAAUCUGACAAAGCUCUAAAUUUACGAACGCACAGAGCGCACUCUGGCACUCCAGAGUGAAUUUACGAACCACCCCAAGUUGAUUGCGAGGAAGUGGCAGUGUUAUGCUUCAACAGCUCACGUAUCCAUGGCUACCCGGAUGGAGCAACUUGCCCAGCCCAAACCCAACCUGCUCCGAUUCCCCGACCGCCGGUCAGUCUACUGGCUAGAUGAACUCCCACCUGAAAGAAAUUGCUCCACCACCACAUUUGAGUUGACACCCCGCUGGUCCCAGCUGUGUGGCAGGAAGCUGCUUAAUGCUGGGUUUGAACAGAGCAGAUCAUCUCCCCAAUGGGAGGUCAGUGUAGCAGCUCUGAGGGCCUGUCCAUCCAAUAGAGUGUGUUCUCUGGCUUUACCCCGCCUCCCAACAGCAGGCUGGGAACCUGACCGCCCCCUGCUGGCCUCAUUGAGCAGAGCAGUGCAGACUGCAGUAGCCAGUCCUAGGGUCUGCCAGUUGGCCCGUCCCAAGCGGAGGCAGGGUCUCUAUUCGCCCCAUUUGUCCAAGACCUCACUGGCACCCCCCCACCCAGCUGCAACCUCCUCCCGACUACAGCUCCUCGCAAUCCCUAAGUCUGACCACCCCCAGUACGCCCAGGACCGUCCAGUCAGCUGGCCAGUGCCGGGGCCGGUGAGGAAGGCAGUAGCCAGUGAGAGGGUGCAUGUCCUUUCACGUCCCAACCAGCGGAAGGCGCUGUUCCAAGGCUACAACCCGUACACGGUUACCCUAGCUGCACGCUCCGCUAGCGCCUCGCCACGCCUACAGGAGCUUUGUCUGCCCCUGCCGCGGAAAUGCAAGGGCAAAUAGACAAAUGCAUCUCAUCUCACACCUCUACAGUACCUCCGGCCGCCUCUUCUUCAGAUACUAUAUCUCCUAUACAGCAUGUCUAUGUCCCUGAUCACCACUGCUCCAUAAUAAAGACAAUCCAUGAUAUCAGUGA